AUGUCCAAGGAAGCCAAAAUAGCAUUAAAAGAAAUCCGAAGUUGUUUGGAUGAACACCAAUAUGUUGAGGCCAUGAAAAAAUGUCAAAAAUUAUUAAAAACCGAUAAAAAAAAUUACAUGGCUCUUAUACUGCUUGGAGCAGCUAUGAAAGAUAUUGAUCAGUAUAAAUCGCAAGCACCUUUGGCUUAUAGAAAAGCCAUUGACUUACAGCCAGAUAAUCCAUUAGCCUGGCGAGGACUGGUCAAGUUUUAUGAAGGACAACCUGGGAAUGUCGAAACUUGGCGUGAACUUGUCCCAGCUUACUGUAAAUUAUUAAAACUCGAUAGUGACGUUCAAAAGAAUUUAAAUUACUUGGAUCAACUGUCACGUUUAUCAAUCAUUUUAAAUGAUAAUGGAAUUUUUGAUGAAGUUAUUGUUCUUAUAUUAGAAUUAAAAGAAGAUAAGGAUAAAAAUGAAUUGUACAAAAUAGAUGAACUAUUAAUAUCAAUGAUAAAUGGAUUUACAAAUGCGCUUCCAAAAUACCACGAAUUAUACAAAAAUGUAUUACUCUCAUCACUUGACAAGGAUAUAUCUUCAAAGCAUUUAGAAUAUUAUAAAAACUAUUUAAAAUUAUUGUUUUCGGAAAAAAAUUAUUCUGGAUUAUUUUCUGCUGCAACCCAGAUGAAUCUAAAAUAUCCUCGUGAAAUGUAUCCAUUAGAAUGGAUCUGUCGUGUUUACGCUGAACAGAUUGUUUUAGAAGAUUAUGAAACUGUUCAAGACAUUGCGAUUGACUUAUACUAUCAAUCACUAUUUGAUCUUAACUCUGAUUCUUAUUUGGCUAUUUUUGCAAAAGCAAUGCAUUAUUGGCUGAAGGAUAAUCUUAUCGAAUCAAGGGAUUUGCUUUAUCAAGCAAUAGCAUUACAUCCUAAAUUACUUUUCGCUUGGAUUGCGUUAAGCAAUGUCAAUUCAAAGUUACAUUGUUGGGCAGAAGCAGAAAAUGCAGCGGAAAAAUCAUUGCAACUAAUAAAUAAAAAUUCAAAAAUAAUGAUUGAAAAACUUAAUUUACAAUUGAUUGAAUCAUUAGCGAGGAGUGAAAGUAAAAAAAAAUGGGAACAAGCCGCAGAAAAAUGUAAAACGUUACUUGAAAACAAUAAUUCAUUGAAAAAAUUAAAAUUACUUUAUGCUCGAGUUCAAAUUCUUCAAGAUAUUCCUGAAGCCUUUACUCUUUUGAAAGAACUAGAAAAUGAUCCAGAAACUCAUCAAGAAGCACUAGUAAUUCGUGCAUUGUAUUUGAAAAAUCGAGAAUCAUUUGAAGAAGCUAUUGAUGUUUUGGGAGCAAUUUUGGAUACUUCCGAAGCUUGGUUAAUACUUGGUACAAUUUAUUGGAAGAUGUCCAAUUAUAGCCAUAGCUUGAUGGCCUUCUUAAAAGGUAUCCAUGCAGAUCCAAACGACUGGGAAUGUUUAGUCUAUCUUGGGCAUUAUUAUCGUGAACAUGGUAAUGAUCUUGAAAAGUCAAGAAAAUGUUAUCAAAAAGCGUUAAGAAUAAAUCCUAACUCCGAGGAAGCUGGCUCUGGUCUAAGUACAGCUUAUAGACUUUUAAAAAAUACCGAAGCAAAUAUGCAAAUGCUUCAAAGAGUAACAACUGAGGAAGGAGGUGGUCCAAAAUGGGCAUGGCUGCAAUUGGGUCUUCAGCAAUUAGAUCAAGGAAAAAUUGAACAAGCCAUCAAAUCACUGCGAUAUGUUAUUAGAGCAGAUCCCAAUGACAAUCACUGUUGGGAAUCACUUGCUGACGCUUAUUGGGCCCGUGGUGCACACACGUCGGCAUUGAAAUCUUAUCAACGUGCCCUAGACUUGUCGCCUGGUUCUCUUUAUCCAAUGAUACAACUUGCUAAUAUUAAAUUAGUUCUCGGUCGACAUGAUGAAGCUAAAGAAGCUUUUAUUCAAGUUCUAAGCCAAGAGCAACGUUAUAUACUAGCACUGAAAGGGUUAGCAGAAACUUGUUUAGGUCUUGCAAAAGAAAGUGCCAGUAAACAAUUACUUGGGCGUGCAAGGAGAAAUUGUCAACAGGCAAUAGAUUGUAUUACCGACGCUAUCAUUGAGAAUACAUGUUGUUAUUUAUCACAACUUAUUCAUGAUAGUACGGUAAAUCGUAAAGUUACAGCCGAAAAAAGUCUCGAAGCCGCUAAACAAGCUGUUAGACUUUGCCCAACAACUUGGGUACACUGGAAUAUUCUUGGAGUUAUAUGUAUGAUGCCAGAAAUUAAAAAUUAUGCAUUAGCUCAACAUUCUUGGGUUAUGGCGAUUGAUCGUGAGCCAAAUAAUGGAGUUGCCUGGACAAAUUUAGGAACUUUGUAUUUACAUUUAGGUGAAACUUUUAAAGCAAAUAAAGCAUUUUCACGAGCCCAACGUGCGGAUCCCGAGUAUUCAAACAGUUGGAUUGGCCAAGGAAUAAUUGCUGAAUCUGUAGACAAUAAAGAAGCAAUGGAUCUAUUCCGUCACGCCAUACAACUUGGGUAUCAUCCUCAAGCUGCAGUCGGUUAUUCUCAUUGGGUAUUGAUGACUAUUUUAAAUCCUGAUGCUAAAAAGGAUGCUCUUUAUCAUUAUAUGAUUGUAAACAUGCACGCAAUACCAGUAGCUAUAGAUGCCAUGACUUGGUAUACCGAGCGAGAACCUGGUGUAAUCUACGGCCGAAAUGCUUUAGGAUUGCUAUUAGAACGGGAAAAAUUAUACAAGUUAGCAGCUCAUGAAUAUUCUGUUGGUUUAAAAUUAGGAAAAGAAGAUUCUCAGGAAGAUCAUGUAAGAGUAAAUCUUGCACGAGUUUUAGUUCAAAUGGGAAAAUUUGACGAAGCUAUUGAAGUUUGUCAGCGUAUUAAAAUAGCUAGCUUUAAUUCUCACUGUCAAUUAGCCUUAGCUUUGUUCAAAGCUGCAAGAUAUGAGGAAUCAUAUGCGGCGUAUGAAGCAGCUUUAAAUUGGUUAGCAGAUGAUGGAUCUGACAAAGCACAUGUGCUCUGUGCAAUGGCUUCAAUGGCGUAUAUGUUCCAAGAAGUUGAUGAUGUUAAAACACUUCUUUUCCAAUGCAUCGAAAUACAACCACCAACUGUUGCUGGUCUUUUAGCUGCCGCAGCACUUGGUCUUCUUCAUGAUGAUCUAAAUUUAACGAGUCUUGUUCUUAAAGAACUUGAAAUUUAUAAAGAUGAUCCGAAAUACAGACAUCAUGUUGCUCGUCUUUCUGCUUACUCGUGUCUUAUGCAUCACGAUAUUACAGGAGCUAUUCGUAUAAUCUCUAAAUCUAUUCACAGGCGUCCAGAUGAUGUUGGCUCGUGGAUUAGUCUUGUUAGACUUUUACUUGAAACAAAUUCAAGUGAUUUUGGUUACUGUGCACAAAAAGCGUUAUACCUUGGUCGUAAAAAUUCAACAGUUGCUGUCGCACAAGUUGCCUGUGUAUCAUCGCUUGGUCAAUUAAUUGAUAUAAACAAUGAUAAAAAACAAUGUGGAUUACGAUCUGUACAAAAAACCAUAUUUUCUUUUCCGGGUAUUGCUGAAAGUUGGGCUAAUUUAAUUGUGGCUACGUUACCUCGGUGUGAGAAAAGCGAUUCAGUUCCGAAUUUCAAAUGGUUAUUAUCAUUGGUAUCUAUUAUCCGAGAAAAAUGGAACUGCUCUAAACCAAUGAAUGAAUGGUUACAAACAAAUCAGGAAAAAAUUUUAGAAAUUUCAACAAAAUGUUGA